AUGCCAUGGCCGGACAGGUCCGCGACGAAACGGGUAGUUGCCCUUGGCCUGCUGUAUUGUCUCGGAAAUCGCACCUGUUUGUUCGGAAACCUUUUACGACCAUCUGAGAGUCGAGUGCAGCGAGUGCAGCUCCAUGCCGAGGAGGAGACUCUGAAACGCUUGGGUCGUGUUAGUCGUGUUCCAUCUAGGCCACCGAGCGAGGAAUCAGAGGAAGGCUCGCUCAUGGGGGCUGUGGGUGGAUCUGUCCUUGGUGGGCUGCUGCUAGGUCCUUUCGGGGCAGUUUUUGGUGCAAGUCUCGGUUCCGACUGGGGCCGCCAGAACGCGGGACAGGCUUCCGUAGAUGCCCUCGGGUUGGAUGCAGACAUGAUCAACUUGGCGAAAACUGUAGCAAGGAAUUUGGCAGAUGCUGUGGAGGACAAAAAGCGUGUUACAGCAGUGAAGGAUGAUUUGGCGGCCAACAUUGUCAAAAUGGAAGCUGACGUUGACAAUCUUUCUGCUGAUGCCAUGGCAGCUCUGCAAAAUGAUGAUGAAGAUGCUGCCCGUGCGAUCUUGGAGAAGAAGGUGCCUUUGCAACAGCGGCUGAGCUCGUCAAAGGAGGAGCUGCGGAAAGCUCUUCACAGGGUGUCCACGGUUGAAGCUGCUGUGAAGCGGCUCGAAGGGGAAGCACUCAAGGUGGCAAACCUGCUAGAACGUGCGCAGGCCGCUACAGGAUCGGAGCGCACUGCCUUGGCCGAUGAAGCGUCCGCGAUGACAGUAAAGGAUCCGCUUCUUGACAAGUUCGACAGAUUAGAGAGGGAGGGCUAUUGA